AUGAGUUCGAAAAAGAAAUCAGCUUCUAACAAAGAUUCUUAUUAUUUAGUGGAUGUAAAACUUGUCCCACGGAUGCGUCAGUAUUUGGCUAGUCAUGCAAACCACAAGAAUUUCAGUGUUGGUACCAUGGCCAAAGAAUUGCAGAUAAUGUACAGUGAUUAUGCCAGGAAAAAAAGAACUGCUUUUUUAAAGAGUGUAGAAAAAGCCUAUGAAGUAAUCUGCAAUGAUGAACAGUCUUCGGAGGAGACAGAAGAUUUUACAAGUCAGCUGGAAAAGAAGCACCUUGCUAGCAAAAGUACAGGCUUCAGAUACAAGGAAGAUUGCCUUGACAUCGAAAGUGAUACAACAGACAAAAGUUUUUCUUCUGACAACACGGACUACUGUUUCUCUUUUUUUUUUUUUUUUUCCUUCUUCUUUUUCCUUCUUCUUCCUUUUUCCUUUUUCCUUCUUUUUCCUUCUUUUUCCUUCCUUCUUUUUCCUUCUUUUUCCUUCUUCCUUCUUUUUCCUUUUUCCUUCUUCCUUCUUUUUCCUUCUUUUCCUUUUUUCUUUUUUCUUUUCUUUUUUUUUUUUCCUUUUUCUUUUUCUUUUUCUUUUCCUUUUUUUUUUUUCUCUUUCUUUUUCUUUUUCUCUUUUUUUCUCUUUUCUUUUUUCUCUUUUUUUUUUUCUCUUUCUUUUUCUUUUUUUUUUUUCUCUUUUUUUUUUUCUCUUUUCUUCUUUUCUCUUUUCUUUUCUCUUUUCUUUUCUUUUUUCUUUUCUUUUUUCUUUUUUCUCUUUUCUUUUUCUUUUUUUCUCUUUUCUUUUCUUUUUUUCUCUUUUCUUUUUUUUUUUUUCUUUUCUCUUUUCUUUUCUUUUUUUCUCUUUUUUCUCUUUUCUUUUCUUUUUUUCUCUUUUUCUCUUUUCUUUUUUCUCUCUUUUUCUCUUUUCUUUCUCUCUUUUUCUCUUUUCUUUUUUCUCUCUUUUUCUCUUUUCUUUUUUCUCUCUUUUCUUUUUUCUCUCUUUUCUUUUUUCUCUCUUUUCUUUUUUCUCUCUUUUCUUUUUUCUCUCUUUUCUUUUUUCUCUCUUUUUCUCUUUUCUUUUUUCUCUCUUUUUUUUUUCUCUUUUCUUUUUUUUUUUUUUUUUUUUUUUGUUUUUUCCAUUAUUUACCAUCAAUUAACUUUUUUCCAGGAUACUAACAUGAUGAACAACUUUAUGACUAACAUCUACCAGAAUAAUAAAACCACACCCAAAGCAGAGAAAUCUAGCAGCUUCAUGGAAGUGUCAUCCCACCUAAAUGUUUCAAAACCUUUGGCCUCACCAGGCAAGUCUGUAUCCUCUUCAGCACCCUAUCCGGCCUCGUCAGCACCUUCAGCUCCCCUUGAGAAUAGCUUGCAUUAUUCAGUUCCUGGAAAACCAGGUUCUGCAAAGACCUCAUCCAAUCCUGUUAAUGCGCGACAUCAUAAUAAACCAUCACAACAGUCACUACCCUCAGCCACGUCAUCAUCUUAUGUGAUGAACCAUGUGCCCGUGCAGAUGGCUUCUUACAACAGAAAAUCCCAUUCCAGUCACUCUUAUCCUAUGGAUACUGUCAACUUAACCAAAGACCGGCCAACUGCUAGCAGUAUACGGAAAGGGGUUGAUUCUAAGAAACUCCCCAGCCACAACUUGUCACAAAAAUCAAAUUUGUUACAUGCUACACCUGAUCAUGAGACCACCACAAAGAUACCAAAGGAUUCAGCUGUGCCAACCAACAAGAGACCCAGAAUGUCUGAACGUUCAGGGCAGGAGCCGCAUGAAAAUAAUGGACAAAAUAAAGAAUUGGGGUUUCAAAUCUCAACUGUAACAUUUGCUGACAUUGGAGGGAAUGAACAAUGUUUAAAGGAAAUCUGUAAAAUUCUUGUCCAUAUGAAACACCCUGAGAUCCAUCGCCAGCUAGGUGUGACUCCUCCACGAGGGAUUUUACUCCAUGGACCUCCAGGCUGUGGAAAGACAUUACUAGCCAAUGCCAUUGCUGGGGAACUUCAGCUGCCCUUCAUGAAGUUGGCUGCGACGGAACUUGUGUCUGGUGUGUCUGGGGAAUCGGAGCAGAAAAUGAGAAAUCUUUUUGAAAAAGCACGAUCAAAAGCUCCUUGUGUUAUAUUUCUGGAUGAAGUAGAUGUUAUCACUCCAAAAAGAGAAAAUGCCUCAAAAGAUAUGGAACGUCGGAUUGUUGCUCAGCUCCUAGCUUGCAUGGAUGAUUUAAAUGAUGAACAGAAAUCUCCUGAGAAUGUGAUGGUCAUUGGUGCAACAAAUCGACCAGAUUCCUUGGACCCGGCGCUUCGACGAGCUGGGAGAUUUGAUCGUGAAAUCUGUAUGGGCAUUCCAGAUGAAAAAGCACGCAAAAGGUCUUCCUCCUCAUUUUCUUCUUUGCUUACUCUCCUUCUUUUUUCCCACCUUUUUCUCUUCUCCCUUCCCCCCCUUUUUUUCAUCUUCUCCUUCCCCCCUUUUUCAUCUUCCUUCCCCCUUUUUUUCAUCUUCUCCCUUCCCCCUUUUCAUCUUCUCCUUCCCCCUUUUCAUCUUCUCCCUCCCCCCCUUUUUCAUCUUCUCCCUUCCCCCUUUUCAUCUUCUCCUUCCCCUUUUUCAUCUUCUCCUUCCCCCUUUUUCAUCUUCUCCCUUUCCCCUUUUUUCAUCUUCUCCCUUUCCCCCUUUUUCAUCUUCUCCUUUCCCCUUUUUUCAUCUUCUCCUUUCCCCCCUUUUUCAUCUUCUCCUUUCCCUUUUUCAUCUUCUCCUUUUCCCCCUUUUUCAUCUUCUCCCUUUCCCCCCUUUUUCAUCUUCUCCUUCCCCCCUUUUUUCAUCUUCUCCUUCCCCCUUUUUCAUCUUCUCCCUUCCCCCCUUUUUCAUCUUCUCCCUUCCCCCUUUUAUCUUCUCCCCUCUUCUUUUUAUUUUCCUCCCCUCUUCUUUCCUUUUUCCUUCCCCUCUUCUUUCCUUUUUCCUUCCCCUCUUCUUUCCUUUUUCCUUCCCCUCUUCUUUCCUUUUUCCUUCCCCUCUUCUUUCCUUUUUCCUUCCCCUCUUCUUUCCUUUUCUCCUCAUUCUUUUUAUUAA